AUGGCUGCUGGGACUGGCCUCUUUGCAGAGAUUUUGGAUGGAGAUGUGUACAAGUACUAUGUUGAUGGGGAGUGGAAGAAAUCUUCUUCUGGGAAAAGUGUUCCCAUCGUCAACCCCACCACAAGGAAGACUCAAUACAGAGUUCAAGCCUGUUCACAAGAGGAGGUUAAUAAGGUCAUGGACUUAGCAAAAUCUGCACAAAAAUUAUGGGCAAAGACCCCACUAUGGAAGCGAGCUGAACUUCUUCACAAGGCAGCUGCCAUCCUUAAAGAGCACAAGGCUCCCAUUGCAGAGUGCCUUGUUAAAGAAAUAGCAAAGCCAGCCAAAGAUGCUGUUACAGAGGUUGUAAGAUCUGGGGAUCUGGUUUCUUACUGUGCUGAAGAAGGGGUAAGGAUUCUGGGUGAGGGAAAGUUCUUGGUGUCGGAUAGCUUUCCUGGAAAUGAAAGGACUAAAUACUGCCUCACAUCCAAGAUUCCACUUGGAGUGAUUUUAGCCAUUCCACCUUUUAACUACCCUGUCAAUCUUGCUGUCUCCAAAAUUGCUCCUGCACUGAUUGCUGGAAACUCCAUUGUGCUCAAGCCUCCAACUCAGGGAGCCGUUUCUGCUUUGCACAUGGUUCACUGCUUUCAUUUGGCUGGUUUUCCCAGAGGCCUAAUCAACUGUGUCACUGGCAAAGGCUCAGAAAUUGGUGACUUUCUGACAAUGCAUCCAGGAGUGAACUGUAUCAGCUUCACUGGUGGAGAUACUGGCAUUGGAAUUUCAAAGAAAGCAGGCAUGAUUCCUCUGCAAAUGGAGUUGGGAGGAAAAGAUGCCUGCAUUGUACUUGAGGAUGCUGACCUGGAUUUGGUUGCAGCAAACAUUAUAAAGGGAGGCUUUUCAUAUAGUGGUCAGAGGUGCACUGCUGUUAAGGUUGUCCUGGUAAUGGAGUCUGUUGCUGAUGCUUUGGUUGAGAAAGUGAAGGCUAAGGUGGCAAAACUGACUGUUGGAGCACCAGAGGAUGACUGUGAUAUCACUCCAGUUGUGUCUGAAUCAUCAGCCAAUUACAUUGAAGGCCUGGUCUUGGAUGCUAAGGAGAAAGGAGCAACAUUCUGCCAGGAAUACAAAAGAGAAGGCAAUCUCAUUUGGCCUUUGCUACUGGACAAUGUCAGGCCAGACAUGAGAAUUGCAUGGGAAGAGCCAUUUGGACCCGUUUUGCCUGUAAUUAGGAUCAAUUCAGUUGAAGAAGGAAUCCAUCAUUGUAAUGCUAGCAACUUUGGACUUCAGGGAUGUGUCUUCACAAAGGACGUCAACAAGGCAAUAAUGAUCAGUGAUGCAAUGGAAACGGGAACAGUUCAGAUAAAUUCUGCCCCAGCUCGUGGGCCAGACCAUUUUCCCUUUCAGGGUAUAAAGGACAGUGGCAUUGGAUCUCAAGGGAUAACGAACAGCAUAAACAUGAUGACCAAGGUUAAAACGACUGUGAUCAACUUACCCAGCCCUUCCUACACCAUGGGCUAG